UGGCCGCCCACCUACCACCUUGCCCUGCUCCUGCCGCACCACCGCUACGCCCUGGCAUCUGCAUCUACCUGGCGUCAAGCUGGAGAGUCUCGAACACUCUGUUCAUGCACUCCAACCCUCUCGGUACUUGACUUUGCCCAUUUGUCCCUUCCUUGUCGCCCUUGUCUCUGCAACUUGGACUUGCCAAUUAAGAUUCCCGUCAAUCAAUAUCCGUCUUUUUCUUCAUUUCGAGGUCUGCUCCUCCUUCCCCAUCUUGAAGCUCCGACGUACCUCGUCAGCAGUCACACUCGACCACUUUAACCUGCAGCACAUCACUUUGCUGUUACCACCUCGCAUCGAGAUAUCAACCACCAUCGAACCUUGCGACCACCACUUCUUGGGAAAUCCGGAUCGCCAUCCACGGUUUCGGUCACGGUUACCCAGAAGCGAGACGGAGAUCAAAGACAUCUCACAACGUCAACUGAACUCAAGACCACAAGAUCUCUCUUUAGACAGCUGGAAGCUCCAUCUUCUUCAAAAAACCCCUCCCAAGCGAAAUCCCCCUUGUCAGCACUUGUGGGCCAAAUUUCUGUCUUUAAAGUCCUGAGCUUCACCGUCCACUCACUCCUCUACCGGCGACGCAAGAAGCCUUGAAAAGAGCUGGAAUAAUCUCAAUUCCACCUUUUGCUCAUCGCCUGUGGCUGCCCCGCUAGGUACCUAGGCCACUGGUACAAAUAUACCUACCAUUUUCAGCACCUUGCUUGCAGUCUCUCAGCGCACUUUGUCUUUCUUCAUGAUCAGAGAACUGUGACACUCUGCCCAAUAUACCAAGUCGAAUUACCUCCAACCAUCCAAGGAAGCCAUCAUCACCACCAUUAAUUAUUCUUCUUCUCCCUCCCGGAAGCUUCAUCAACAGCCCGAUCUGCUUCUAUCCUUCACGGCCUUGGCUGCGGUUUCUCUUCUUCGCUUUGAUUCAACAGCUCACGCCAUACCCACCACAGCAAUUUAUCCACACGAACUCGGCACGGCGGCAGAAACCAGAUCUCUUGUCGCUCGGCCACCUGACGACGACUUUAUAUCCGAUCUUUCAAAUUCAUCCAUGCACCUGGGCAAUAGUUGGUUUUGUGGCAAUCAGGCAUCCAUACCAUCAACCGCUUUUGGAAAAAGCUCCUGUUGAGCUUCGGUGCAGGGAUCUUCUAGGAACUUCGACUUGUCGGUGCACCAUGCAGCACAAAUCACACCAAUUGGACUCAAUGGCGCAACAAUUAACAGUCAUCUUUGGGGAGUUGGGGAUCAGUCAGUAUCUCGAUGCGUUCGUUGAGCAGGGUUUCGACACAUGGGAGACUAUUCUCGAUAUCACGGAAUCUGACCUCGAUGUCCUAGGCGUGAAAUUAGGUCAUAGACGGAAACUCCAGAGGAGGAUAGCAAAUUACCGAGGGCUUGCGCCAGAAGCUUCAUUGGCUCCCUUGGCACAGCCCAGCAUAGAAGAUUUCAGGCCAACAGAGGUUGUACCUCGUGCUGAGCCACCAAAGAUGGAGCUACGAGAACCUGGGACUGUUAUUGUUACCAAGAGGAAGUAUCGUAGACACCCAAAGGCGGACGAAAAUGCGCCGGAAAGGCCUCCAUCAGCCUAUGUGCUUUUUUCCAACAAGAUGCGCGAGGACCUCAAGGGCCGUAAUCUCUCAUUCACCGAGAUUGCCAAGUUAGUUGGCGAGAACUGGCAAAAUUUGACGCCGGCUGAGAAGGAGCCUUACGAAUCCAAAGCGCAGGCUUACAAGGAAAAGUAUCACGCCGAACUUGCCGAGUACAAGAAGACGCCCCAAUACCAAAAGUACAUGCAGUACUUGGCGGACUUUAAGGCGAAGCAUUCUCUACCAUCUCAAGACAACGAUUCGUCGAAGCGAGUGAAGCUCUCGGAAUCUGGCGGUCCUAGUAGCGCUGCUGCCACGCCCACCAGGACAUGUCGGAGUCACAGUGGCGGCAGUGACAGUAUUCACGGAAGCGAACCACCGCCAUCCAGGGAACAGAGGAUAAGCUCUAUUGUUUCCACCACGGAUUCUCAUCAAUCGGCGGCACUGAGCCCAGGGUCGUACCAAGACGACUGCAUGCAAUCGCCACGUACGAUCCACGCGGAUCGACGGUCUUCGGAACAACGAUCACCCACGGCUUUCAACACCAAUGCCAGGAAUUACCCAUUACCCAGUCGAACAGAGACUACCCGACCGGAUGAACAUCGUCAGGAACAACCGUCAAGCACACCUCAGUCUCAACAAAACCUACCAUCCUUCUCCGAUGUUUUUGAUAGCCACAGAUUUCUGCCCAGCGGGUCACAACAGACAAACGAUACAAGCAGCUAUUUCCCAAGAGGGAGUCUCACCAAUAGCCCUGGUCCCCCACCUGGCCUGGUUGGCGGUGAUCGGAGAUAUCCGCCUACGUUGAAGAAGGAGCAGUCCUCGGCGGGUAGCAUAUCCUCGGCCUCCACGGCCUCGUCCUUUGGCUAUCCAAGGACCCCUACUGACGGUCCAUUGCCGAUACAGGCUUUGCUCUCGUCCAGCUCCGCCCACUCCUAUGAGGCAGGCCAACCGCACCAUUCGUACCCGACGGGUCCCUUGCCUGUGCAUCAAAAGCAGCCGCAACAUCAGCAGCAGCCACAGCAGCAGACAUCCAUGUCUGCUGGACAGCCGCCGGUGCUUGCUAACCUGGCCAUGACAAAUGGCUACCAUAGGGCUCUAUCACUCGCACACGUGCCUCCUGCUGUAGCGAAGACUGCUACUCCCACUUCCCAUUCUAUUAGUGCUGUGUAUGGAAUCCCGCCACGACCACCACCCCAGCAGAUGGGCUCUGGUCUGGCACAGCAACAGCAACAACAAUAUCAACAACAAUACGACAGGAAACCAGAGGGAGGGAACCCCAAUCUCGAUGGAAUGAGUGCCUUGUUGAAGGCUGGCGAGAUUGUUGAUCGGCGGACGCAUUGAAAGGGUUACGUAAGGGGGAAAGGAAGGGACAGGGAACAGGGGACAAUUGGAUUGGGGAAGGGAAAGGGAAGCAUCUGGAAGCCGGGUUGGUUAAAGCGGCUAGACAAAAAAAAAGACAACAACAGCAACAUAUAAUACGCCAUUAAGGCUGACUAGCUGACGGACGGCCGUCAGUCAUUUUGAAUAUCAUGAUAUGGGCUAUUGGUUCGGGGCUCGGAGUUUUCAGCAUGCAUAUUCCGCAUUUUUAGCAUCAAUAGUACUAUUACUGGAUAUAAAAAACUGGCUGUA